AGUACGAGCAGCCCAACCCAACGUCCUCAUAGAGAAUGAAAGUGAAAGUGGGACAGAUGUUCCCGGCAGCUCAGGCCACACUGACACAAUGAGAAGGAAGCGCAGACAGGAGGAAACGUAAUAUAGAAAUACAUUUAUACUCUGAGGGAACCCGGCGGCACAGAUUGAGUAUGGACUCAAGCCGAAAACAGAUUGUGGGAAUCACAUCCUGGAGCUCUAGAACUGAGCUGGACUGGUUAAUGGAGCUGCUCAACAAUAUUUUCAGUGAGCUUAUCGCCAGUGUGAGAUAUAUUACAGUGGGCGCACACACGUGGAGGGAGGAGGUGGACAGAUGUUCAUUGGUGAUCUUAUAUCACAGUGCGAAAUAUGGGCGGCUUAACAUCACUGAUACAGGAAGCGCCCUCUAUAAUGAAGAACUCCUCUACUUAUCCCAACAUCAUGGCCCAAACAAAGUUCUCGUCGUACUGGAUGAUGUUGAGUUCACUGAUGAGGAAGAAAAGAAGGGAAUUUUACUCGCUCAGCCCCUGAUUGCACUCUGUUCCGGCCUGCAAUUCCUGGUUCCAAAGGAGGACAAGGACUCUGUGUUCCUAAAUGAAAUUGAUACUGUAGCUCAGUUUCUGAAAGGUGGUACAGAGAAGAAACCAUCAGAAAAAAUGUCCCAGGACGUUAUAACAAUUCCCUCCAACCCUCCAUCCAAAAGAUCACAACUGGUACGAGGACGUGUGGAUGAACCGCCCAGAAGGAAGAAUACAAAGCCGGACAUUCCUUGUUCUCAAAAGCAUUCGGUCAAGGUCUUCUCCAGGGCUGCAAAGAGUAGUUACACUUGGCUCUUGGAUCUUCUGCGAAGCAAAGACUUUGGGGGCCUAGUGAAGGAGGUCCAUGCGGUGGAACUAUCCAAUAACUAUUCACAGUUUUUAUCCAACAUUAAUAACUGCACGUUUGCCAUUCUCUAUCAUACCCUCAAAUUUGGGCGGAUAAAUAUCACCGAUGUUACAGAUUCCAUAUACGACAAAGAGCUGAGAGAUUUAUAUCAUCGCCUUGGUCGUGAAAAAAUUAUUGUGGUAAUUGAUGAUUUGCUGGAAAGCAGUCUUGAGAAGACAAAGAGUAUGGUCCUUCAAAAUCAGCUGAGCAUUGGGCAGUACUCCCAGGAAGCCUUCUUCUUCAGUGAACGAGAAAAGAAAUGUGGAAUAUUCACAUCUGCCAUGCAGGAUAAAAUCAGAGAACUCAGAGAAACCAUAGAGAAUUGCAGAGCUGCAGAUCCGACCCCCACAGAGAAGGCAGAAGAGAGACAACAGGACUGUCAGGACAGGAGGGGAGAACUUCAACCAGGAACAAGAGACCAAAGUGAACUGGAGGUCAUGGGAAAGGAAAUGCAAAGGAAAGAUGGCGGCCUUCAGCCUACAGAAGGGCCAAACAUGGGCAGCAGCUGUGCCACUGAGCCUAAAGGAGCCAGGGCCGAGGCAGACCGUAUAAAUACUGUAUCUCAGGGAGCUGCAGAUCCGACCCCCACAGAGACGGCAGAAGAGAGACAACAGGACUGUCAGGACAGGAGGGGAGAAUUUCAACCAGGAACAAGAGACCAAAGGGAAUCAGAGGUCAUGGGAAAGGAAAUGGAGAGCAAAGAUGGCGGCCCUCAGACUACAGAAGGAGCUGCAGGAGAAACCCUACGGCGACAGCUCAGCAUUGAGGAACUGGCCCAGGACCUGAUUUGGUUCACUGUGGAAGAAAAGAGAGACUGUUCUGAGACUGUACAGAGAAAACUGGAGAGAAUAAGAACUUUUAUAAUAGAGAGUGCAGAAAAAAUGGACCCUGCAUCCUCAAAUGAUACCCCAAAAAAGCAGAUGAAAGAAACAUAUACUGGUCAUAACUGCUUGGAAUACAAUGACAAAUCACUGGUUAAAAAAAUCGAAAUCAAUGAAACAGACAAUGAAAGUGAAAUGUGUGAAGGUUCGUCAAUUACAACCGACAGCUUGACUCAGAAAGAAUUGAGAAAGAGUGAGAAUAGCUUGAUGUAUGACAAAUCAGCCAAACAUCAAGACUAUGAUCAACUUGAAAAUAAAAGAAAUCAUUAUGAAAGGAUGGAACCAUCUGAGUGUGACUUGGAUGGACAUAUGAAACAUAUGGGAAACCUCUUGGCAAAGCAGCAGAAGACCUUUAAGAUGUAUUCUGAAAUUCAGGAAAAAUGUAUCCAUGAAUUACAGCAAAUUCAAGAUUUAAUGAAUGACUUGCAGAAUACAAUAAACAAGCAAGCUCAGGAGAUAGAAAUGAAAAAUCAGAUAAUUAAAGAACAAGCUGAGAAAAUAGAAGAACAGAAUCAAGAAAUGAAAACUCCGGAUAAUAAAAACCAUUUUCUAAGAGAACCAUCUCGGAAAAUAGAAGAACAAAAUCAGAAAAUAGGAAAACAGGAUCAAAUAAUAAAGGAGCAAGUUCAAAAAAUUGAAGAACGAGAUCAGAUAAUAAAGGAGCAAGCUCAGAAAAUACAAGAACAAUAUCAGAGAAUAGGAAAACAGGAUCAAAUAAUAAAGGAGCAAUUUCAAAAAAUUGAAGAACGGAAUCAGAAAAUAAAGGAGCAAGCUCGGAAAAUAGAAGAACAGAAUCAAGAAAUGAGAACUCAGGAUAAUAAAAUAAAAGACCAAGAUUACAAAAUAAGAGAACUGUGUCAGAAAACAGAAGAACAAACUAAGAAAGUAGGAAAACAGGAUCAGAAAAUAAAGAAUCAAGCUCAGAAAACAGAAGGACAAAGUCAGAGAUUAGAAAGUCAUAAAACCCAAAAAAAUAGGGCCCAAAAAUGUGACUGGGCAUGAAAAA